AUGAAACCUAAAUCAACAGGGCGUGGCGCCAUUCUGCCAUUUCAAUUUAACUCCGUUUCAAGUCAAACAUGUGACAACAACGCAGUCUGUUUUGCAACAGACGUGGGAUUCAACUGCACCUGCAAUACCGGGUACGAAGGAACAACAAGUGGAUGCGUCAAUAUCGAUGAAUGUGCCACUCUGUCACCUUGUAAAACAGGUGAAACAUGCACUGACAACGAUGGAAAUUAUACUUGUCACUGUGGAGAUAUAUCAACUGUUUGUGCCGACACAGCAGACUGUGUGCUGAACACUUGUACGUGUAAUGCCGGCUAUACAGGAAAUGGCGCAACUUGCAUUGAUAUGGACGAAUGUGCCAUCUCUGGAACAUGCGAUGCUAACGCCGCUUGUAGUAAUACUAUGGGAAGUUAUGCAUGCGCGUGCCGUUCUGGAUAUGCAGGAAAUGGAAAAGAAUGUGUCGACGUUGACGAAUGCACAACUGGAUUUCACAAUUGCUCAUUACCGUUGACAUGCAGCAAUAUUGAAGGGAGUUUCGAGUGCACGUGUGGUGGCGAACAAACUUGUCCCACCAACGCGCAAUGCGUAACGUCUGGGGCGUCUUCUGCUUGUGUGUGCGACGAUGGUUAUGAACGAAAUGGUACUGAAUGUAAUGACAACAACGAAUGCAGCAAAUCUCAUGAUUGUCACAAAAAUGCGGAAUGUAUAAACAUACCGGGAAAUUAUACUUGUACGUGCAAUGAAGGAUACACUGGAGAUGGAAAGCAAGAGUGCAAUGGGACUACCAUGUUAACCGUAUCUGUACCUAUUCUGCUACUUGUACUUGCCCACACCUUGAAAAUGCAUAUGUGAAAUUCUACUUAUUUGGUUGUAUUUAUAUGUCGAAAUUGUUAACUAUAUACAUGCCCGAAGUUAGAUAUACUCGUUUUAUCGGGUCACAUGAAAACCGUCAGUCAUUUGGUUAUCGACUGCCAUAUUUAUUCAUGCUCAUCCGAAUAAGGCCGAGAAGUACAAUAUAAUGAACAAUGAAAUCGGGAAAUAUCAAGUUGAAAAUGCGAAGUUUAAGUCACCCAAUCGAUGUCAAAACGAGAGAGAUAUGACGAAAUGCGUCACAAAGGUCAAAUGAAACUUCAAAGUGCCAAACUUCGAAUACAAUAUCUUCAACGAUAGUUCGACCAUUCAUUGUCCAUGUGACACUUAAUUUACUGGAUGAAACAUUUAUUUGGUCCAUGCGAUGCCUAAUUUAUCUAGCAAGACAUUUUCUCUGGUACUUACUGUAGAAAUUGUGAAAAAAGGAAAAUAUUGAGAAAGAAAGUAAAAUGUCUACGUCGUCUGAGUGCUUAAAUUCGGAUCAAAUUAACCUAUUUACAACGAUUACUCGGUCAUGUAAAUUUCGUGUCCAAUAGCAAGUUUAUCAGUUUGAGAGCAUAAAAAACGAUAUUAACAAUAGCUUGAGAUGAGCUAAUUAUUAAUGACCUGACUGAUGCCAAAACAACAUUACUUCAAAACCCUGAUAUUUUUCCUUUGCAAGGCGUGAUAUUUUUUAUUUGUUUCAGUCCUCAUCUAUUUCUACUAUUCAAUCGCAAUCUAAUAGAAAACUUGACGAAUCUGUACUAUAUGGCAUGCAAUCUUUAAUGUAUAUAUAUUCACAAGCCCUCGUUUGUAUACUUGCUUAGAAUGCUGUAUUUGCCCUAAUUAUUCAAAGUACGAACCCCUUGCAAUUGAUACUAAUGCUCACACCAAGGAGCCGACCAUCGCACUGGGUAUGAAGCUUGAGGCAAAAUUCAUAUUACAGGAUUCUUUUGGGUUAUAUAUUGAUUUUGGUCACACUUACAAAAAUGUUCAAUACAACCUUUUUACGAUAUGUUUUGUCUGCAUGUUUAAAUUUAGGUUUGUUUAUCAACAAAACAAUCAUGAGAGAAGUAGGCUUA